AUGAGUAUUUACAUAAGAGAAGAUUUAACACGUAAUGAAAAGAUCCAGCAAGCAAGAAGAAUUUUGAAUGAAAAUAAACAUUCACUUGAUGCAUGGUCGAUACUCAUUCAGGAUGCUCAAGAUAAGAAAAUAGCAGAAACUCGUGAAUUUUAUGAAUCUCUGGUGACACAGUUUCCAACAUGUGGAAAAUUUUGGAAACUCUAUAUUGAAUCAGAAUUAUUUCAACGAUGUUUAAUAAAAGUAUUGAAUAUUGAUCUAUGGAAAUGUUAUUUAAAUUAUGUUCGUGAUACUAAAGGCAAACUAUCAUCAUUCAGUGAAGCAGUUGGUUCAUUUGAUGAAAAUAAAAAAAUUACAGCCGUCCGAAAAGUCUAUCAAAAGGGUAUUAUGACACCCAUGACUAAUGUGGAAUUAUUAUGGAAAGAUUAUUGUACUUAUGAAAUGGGUAUUAAUCAAACACUAGCUAAAAAAAUUAUUGAAGAACGUUCUCGUGAAUUUUCAAAUGUUAAACGUGUAACAAAAGAAUUUGAAACAUUAGCACGUGCUAUCGAUCGUAAUAUACCAUGUGUGCCACCCUCAGCACCACAAUCAGCUGAUGAAAUAAAACAAGUAACGGCAUGGAGAAAAUUUAUUCUAUGGGAACGAUCGAAUCCAUUGAAAACUGAAGAUGUAUUACUUGUUGCUCGUCGAGUUGUUCUAGCUUAUGAGCAAUGUUUACUUUGUCUUGGUUAUCAUCCUGAUCUUUGGUAUGAAGCAUGCGCAUUCUUAGAACAAACAUCACGUGAAUAUUCUGACAAGGGUGAUGCUCAUUUAACAAAGCGUUUUCUUGACGAUGCAGCUAUAUUAUAUGAACGUUCAGUUCAAACAUUUAUGCGUUCCAAUAUGUUGAUACAUUUUGCCUAUGCCGAUUUUGAAGAACAACGCUUAAAUGUUGAUAAAGCUCGCUCUAUCUAUAAUCGUUUAUUAGAUGUCAACGAAGCAAACCUAAAAGAUCCAACAUUGGCCUAUAUACAAGCCAUGCGUUUUGAACGACGUACCGAAGGUAUAAAAGCAGCACGUACAUUAUUUAAACGUGCACGUGAAGAUACACGUACAAAUCAUCAAGUCUAUGUUGCAGCUGCCUUAAUGGAAUAUUAUUGUUCGAAAGAUAAUAAUAUUGCAUUUAAUAUAUUUAAUCUUGGCUUAAAAAAAUACGGUCAAAAUCUUGAUUAUAUCUUAGCUUAUAUUGAUUAUAUGACACAUUUAAAUGAAGAUCAUAAUGCGCGCGUUUUAUUUGAACGUAUUUUAUCGCCAAAUAAUUCAAUUACGAAACAAUCUCAACCAGCAAUUUGGCAUGAAUUUCUUAGAUUUGAAUCUCAAGUAGGCGAUCUACCGUCGAUAAAGAAAGUUGAAAAACGACGGUUAGCUUUACAUGUGGAAUUAAAUGAAUUAGAAGGUCGAGAAACAUUAUUACUGGUUGAUCGUUAUAAAUUUCUUAAUUUAUUACCAUGUUCAAAUGAUGAACUUAAAUUGCUUGGCUAUAAAGAUGUAUCAAAUAUAAAUCUAUCGUCGACAAAUACAUCAUUACUAACUAAUGGUUCAGUUGUUAAUGGUACAGCAUUAUUAGAACAAGCUGCCAAAGAUCGACGAGCUAUUUUACCUCGACCUGACAUUAAACAUUUAAUGCCUUUUCGACCAACACGUAAUCCACUACCUGGCAGUCAUUCAACACCCGGUGGAGUUUUUCCAUUGCCUGACACAGCACUUUAUCUUGUUAAAGUUCUUCCGCCAUCAAGAAAUUUCGAAGGUCCAUUUGUUAUUAUUGAUGACUUAAUGGAACGAGUUGCUCGUCUCAAUAUACCUGACAAUUUCGAUCCAGUACGUAUCAGUGUUCAAGGUGAACUAAUUCGUGAUCUCGAUUCAUCAAAUGCAAACAAUAGUCAACAAAGUCGUAAAAUGGGUCUUGCUGAUAGUGACGAUGAAGAACAACAACCUCAAUUGAAUGCGAGUGACCGUUCAACUAUGGAUAUUUAUCGACAACGACAACAAAAACGUGUUAAACUUACAAAAAACAUUUCUACGGAUCAAAUAACAGCUCCGGUGGUUACUUAA